CUGCUCCCGGGCAGUGGGCUCAGAUAAACGUGGUGCUGGUGCAUGGCACUCGGCGAGAUCCUGAAGCACUUGAAGCCGCAGCAGUGCCAGGGGCACUGGUACCCUGCGGCGCGAUAGGCGAGAGGAUCCUGGGCUACGCGGAGGAGCCCUGCUACCUGUGGUUUGUCAUGGAGUUCUGCGAAGGGGGAGACCUCAACCAGUACGUGCUCUCGCGAAGACCCGACCCCGCGACAAACAAGAGCUUCAUGCUGCAGCUGACCAGCGCCAUUGCCUUCCUGCACAAGAACCACAUUGUCCACCGGGACCUGAAACCAGACAAUAUCCUGAUAACAGAGAAGUCCGGCACCCCGGUUCUCAAGGUGGCCGACUUCGGGCUGAGUAAGGUCUGCGCUGGCCUGACUGCUCGGGGCAAGGAGGGUGGGCAUGAGAACAAAAAUGUGAAUGUGAACAAGUACUGGCUGUCUUCGGCUUGUGGCUCUGAUUUCUACAUGGCACCCGAGGUCUGGGAGGGACACUACACUGCCAAGGCUGACAUCUUUGCCCUCGGCAUCAUCAUCUGGGCCAUGAUCGAGAGGAUAACUUUCAUCGACGCAGAGACCAAGAAGGAGCUGCUGGGGACCUACAUCAAGCAAGGGACUGAGAUUGUGCCUGUUGGGGAAGCGCUGCUAGAAAACCCAAAGAUGGAGCUGCACAUCCCUCAGAAACGCAGGACUUCCAUGUCUGAAGGGAUCAAGCAGCUCUUGAAAGACAUGUUGUCUGCUAACCCGCAGGAUCGACCUGAUGCCUUUGAGCUUGAAACCAGAAUGGACCAGGUUACAUGUGCUGCUUAAAUUCAGGGCAGGGCACCGCUGUGCUUUGCAGCUGGGUUUAUUUACCAGGGACCCAUAAUCUCCAUUAUUUACGUGCAACGAGGGAAGUCAAAGAUAAGGGAAGAUGAUGAUACAGAAGAUCCCUGGUCUGCAGGAUCUCUGGCAAUGUGAAAUCUUUGGGUGUUACUUUUUUGUUGGGAAGGGGCGUUCUGGGGGUGCGGGAGGGGGCUGUAGGGGCCUGUGGAAGAGCACAAGCUGGCAGCUAUUGUGCUCACAAGAGUGUUAAACUAGAUCCGGAGAGCAGAGCUGCCCCUGCCCGGCCCUCCCCGUGUCUCCUGUGCUGCCACUGGCUCAGGAGCUGUUUCUGGAGAAGAUCUGGUUCCGUAAGGAGGUGGAGUUGGCAGCGGGGUGUGCUGCCAGGCUCCAGCUCUGAGUCCAGCUGGGCACAAUUGGGGUUUAAAGCUAUUGUUUUUGUCUAGGGGAAAUGGGAGCAAAGUGAUUUCUAGGUUUGCACCGGGAGUGCAGUGCUUUAGAAAAAGUGAGUCUCUCGGACCACGCUUUGCAAGCAGCUAAAUAAUUUCAUAGCCGGGCAGCUUCUGAGUCGGUGGAUGCUGCCCAGGCUGUGAGCUGUUGACGUUAGGGUAGAGUAGCAUGAACAAGCUGGAAAGCAUUCCACGAGGCAGGGCUGCUAGGACGGGCAGACCUUCCCUCUCCCCGAGCUGGAUUUCACUAGUGACAUUUGUUAGAGGGCAGUGGGGAGCCUGGAGUCACGUCUUCAGGUGGGCAUCGUCUGUGUACAAAAGAAACGGAAAGCAGUCUGCUGCCCUGAUCCAUUUAAUGCCAAACUUGAGUUGUGAGGAACAGUACUUGGGAGAGGAGGUUUGGCCUAAAUGGCUCAUGGGCUGGAUUCUGGCUUCCCUCAAAACACUUUUCCCUGUUAAAUAACUAUUUCCAGGAAGCAAAACGCAAUGCUGCUGUUUAGGUUUGGUUACAGCUCAGGUAGGGAGAUUUGGAACCUCAGGCUGAGCAGUUAAUAUUCGAUUUUCCUUGCCUGUAUUCAGAGCAACACUAAUAUUGUGGGAUGGUCUUUAGACUUUGCUCACUGUAAAUGCAAUGUGAAGCACCACCUCGUCCCCACCCUGCAGGUUCUGAACCAACUAAACCACUUCUCACCCCGUUGAAUCCCCCGGCCGCGGGUUGGGGAGCGUCGCCCCGACACUCAGCCCUUGCUGGGGCAGCAGAGGGUCCUGCCGACCCCUCGUCCCUGGCUGCAGGAGCUGCUCCUCGCCUACGUGCGGGCUGCAGCUUUUCUGGAAGGUUCCUGAACUGGCAGCACCUCCUUGUUAUCUACUCAGUGUACUUUGACCUCACGGGAAUGAAUGGAAACGCGGGAAAUUCAGGUGAGCUGAGGCAGAGCUAAAGCAGGGAAAGGAGAGGUGGGUUUUUUUUGGUUUUUUUUUUUUUUUUCUUUUCCAUCUAUUCCAGGGACACAAAGCUGAGGCUUGGCUGCAGGAAGGCCAAGGUCCCUCUUAGGAGAAGGGUGCCAGGAGGCUCCAGACCAUCUGUGUGACUUGCAGGAGGGCUGUGCUGGGACCAGAGCUGAGCCCUGUAGUUCACAAACCCAGCGUUAGCGCCCUGAUCGCUGGAUCGUGCUUCCACCUGACACAGCCUUUGCUGUUACAACUGUUAUAACCUAACCCUGGCCUGAAGGGGUGCAGUCAGAGAGCUUUACCCUCCCAGCCCUGCUCACGGGGCUUUCCCUGCUGGAAGAGCCCCUCACCAGGCCUUUCAUCCCAGUUAAAACUUCCUGGCAGGAGGUUUCCGUGUGGAAACCCAGCCUGAAACCCAGGCCGUGGGGGUGGGAGGUGGUGAGGGGGUUGCUGACCUGGGAGGCAGCGUCCAGGCAAGCCCUGGGAGGAUCAACCCUCUUGGUCCACCACUGCUUCAGGCCAUCUUCAAACCACACGUCUCCACCUCAGCUUUUUGCAUCGCAGAUGUGUUUUUACAGCAGCUUGAUGUUAGUGAGCUAGACCGUAGUGCCUUACGUAGGAUUUAGCAAACACUUCCAAGGACGAGUCCUCGGGCUGCUAGCCUUCAGCCAAUGUGGAUGUUUCCCUGAUUAGUUUGUCCUUUUAAGAGCAUUUCUCCCUGUUUUUGCUGCUCUUUGUGCUCGACUCCCCAGACUGUACAGGAACCUGCCUCGUGUUUACAGCCCCCAGCACCUCUCCUCCCACUUAACUUUGGCCCAGACCAGCACUCCCUCUAGAACAAGGUGGGACUGGGGA